AUGGAUCACAUGCAUGCGCACCAUGCGCAUGGUGCGGGCGAGCGGAUGUCUCAGACCGGUGGUAUGCCCGUGGUUUUCAACUCGGAAUUUAGGAUGACGCUGUUUUUCGAUUGGUGGUAUUCGGAGUCGGCUGCUGCAUUUUUCAUCCAACUUGUAUUUCUCUUUGCCUUGUGCGUCGGACAAGAGUGGUUGUACUAUUACCGGACGUCUCCAGGAGGGAAGGAAGAAGGGGCAUCGUUACUAACCCCAAUGCUCCCGUCCUCCUAUCGGACGCCGCGUUUCUCCAAAAGAAUUUUAGACGUCAUUUUGUAUGCGGGAAACUUGGCUACUUCUUAUUUCUUAAUGUUGGCGGUAAUGUCGUUAAACACUUGGGUUUUCUUGACGGUGAUAUCCGGAUUAUCCGUAGGACAUUUCAUGUACAAGGGUGUGCGGCCGACGGAGAUACGUGGAGAUUCGUCGGAGAUAUGUCACGUUGACGGGGGUUGA